AUGCAGCUGCACCUGGCAUUGUCCCGAUCCCGGGCUCUGCAGGUCGACUGCAAGUUGCACCGACCACCCUGCCAGAGGACUGUCAUCCAAUCCGAUUCGAUCAUCUCCAUUCACCCGGUCUCACCGCGAGCGUCAAAUGCGGGAUCAUCAUUGGACGGAGACGACCAAAGCAGCCCGUCACUGCGCAACACACUGCGCAGCCAAUAA